CGUCGUCUUCUGUCAUCUUCAGCUGUCACUUCGCAUGUCUGUCAUAUUUCAUUGUUUUUAAGGAAACACAAGUUGAGAUGGAUUUAUUGUAUCUAAACAAUUAGAAAUCGAAAAAAUGGGCAACGCUGACACAAAAUUAAAUUUUAGAAAAGCUGUUGUACAGCUAACAUCAAAAACACAGCCUAUUGACUCCUCGGAUGAUGGUUUUUGGGACCAGUUCUGGUCAGAGAGCGUGACCAACGUGCAGGAUGUAUUCGCGCUGGUGCCUGGCGCGGAGAUACGCGCGCUUCGUGAAGAAUCUCCUAAUAAUCUCGCGACAUUAGUGUAUAAAGCUGUUGAGAAGCUCGUAAAGAUGGUAGAUAGCAGCUGUAGGACGCAGCGGGAACAGCAGACUGCUCUUAACUGCGCCCGUCUCCUGACACGAGUUCUACCGUACAUGCUGGAGGAGCCCGAAUGGCACGGCUUCUUCUGGUCUUCACUGCCCGCUGCUGCUGAGAAUGAGUCUGUGCCACUUGCGCAGUCCCUUAUCAAUGCCGUUUGUGACCUCCUAUUCUGCCCAGACUUCACAGUCACCACUACAAAACGUGCAGGCCCAGAGCGUGCCGAGGAGUUGUCCUCCCUGGACAGCUGCGAGUACAUCUGGGCGGGCGGCGUGGGGUUCGCGCGGUCGCCGGCCCGCACGGCCGCGCACGAGGCGGCGCGCUCCGAGCUGCUGCGGCUGCUGCUCACCUGCUUCAGCGAGACCAUCUACAAGCCCGCCUCCAGCGCCGCCUCGCAUCAUAAUAAGUGGAUAGCCUACCUGACAAGCCCGGACAACCGGCACGCGUUACCCCUGUUCACGUCGCUGGUGAACACCGUGUGCUCCUACGACCCGGUGGGGCUCGGCCUGCCCUACAACCACCUGCUGUUCGCCGACACACUCGAGCCCCUAGUCGAAGUGGCGCUUCAAGUUUUAAUCGUGACACUGGAUCAUGACACAAGCAAUGCUGUCAAUGAGGAGUCUGAUGAAACUCUCCCGGACAACUUGUUCAUCAACUACUUGUCCCGGAUACACCGCGACGAGGACUUCCAGUUCAUCCUCCGGGGAGUGACCAGACUCCUCAACAACCCGCUCGCUCAGACCUACUUGCCCAACUCCGCCAAAAAGGUCAAUCUACACCAGGAGCUGUUGGUACUGUUCUGGAAAAUGUGUGAUUAUAAUAAGAAAUUCAUGUACUACGUGUUGAAGAGUAGCGACGUCCUGGAAGUGCUGGUGCCUAUACUUUAUCAUCUCAACGACUCUCGCGCUGACCAAUCUCGUGUGGGCCUUAUGCAUAUCGGCGUGUUCAUCCUGCUUCUGCUGUCCGGGGAGCGCAACCUGGGCGUCCGGCUGAACAAGCCCUACACAGCGACCGUGCCCAUGGACAUCCCGGUGUUCACGGGCUCGCACGCGGACCUGCUCGUCGUGGUCUUCCACAAGAUCAUCACCACCGGCCAUCAGAGACUGCAGCCAUUGUUCGAUUGUCUGCUCACUAUACUUGUUAAUGUGUCCCCGUACCUGAAGACGCUGUCGAUGGUGGCCUCGACGAAGCUGCUGCACCUGCUGGAGGCCUUCAGCACGCCGUGGUUCCUGUUCUCGCAGCCGCACCACCACCACCUCGUCUUCUUCCUGCUCGAGAUGUUCAAUAACAUGAUACAGUACCAGUUUGACGGUAACUCGAACCUGGUGUACACGAUAAUCCGCAAGCGCGCGGUGUUCCACAACCUGGCCAACCUGCCGCACGAGCACGGCGCCAUCGCGCGCUCGCUGGCCGCCGGACGCGCCAAGGGACUCAUGACGCACCGGCCCUCGCUGCCCAGGUCCCGCAGUGCGGAGUCAGUAGCGGAGACCCCGAUGGAAGGCUCGCGGCCCGCGCAGCCCGCUGAGCCCGGCACGUUGAACCCCACACUCGCUGAGACUCCUGCAAUCAGUACCAUGACGGAGCGCGAGUCUGCCCACCCCCCGCCGCAGCGGAUAGAGGCGGAGGCGGGCGACGCGUGCGACAUGCCCGACAGCUCCGGCGUGCCCGACGCCGGCGACGGGCCCGACGCGGCCGACGCGGCCCGGCCCGGCCGCGAGCCGCGCGACCGCCUGCUGCCCGCGCGGCCCGGGCCCGACGGACAGGACAGGCCUGAUGACGACACUGCUAUGGAUGUCGAUGAUGGAGACAAACGGGCCAUCACUCAUAGGAACAGCAUCCAAGUGACAAGCGGUACCCGUCCGCUGGAGGGCGGCGGCGAGUGGCGCGCGUCUGCCGAGUGGGUGUCGAGCUGGCGCGGCAAGCUGCCGCUGCAGACCAUCAUGCGCCUGCUGCAGGUGCUCGUGCCGCAGGUCGAGAAGAUCUGCAUCGACAAGGGUCUAACGGACGAGUCCGAGAUCCUCCGCUUCCUGCAACACGGCACGCUGGUGGGGCUGCUGCCGGUCCCGCACCCGAUCCUCAUCCGCAAGUACCAGGCCAACGCCGGCACCGCCGCCUGGUUCCGCACCUACCUGUGGGGCGUCAUCUAUAUACGCAACGUCGACCCCCCGAUAUGGUACGACACAGACGUCAAACUCUUCGAGAUCCAACGAGUGUGAUCGUACCCAACCAGCUGCACUUCCAUGCACCAGUGAUAAACAAAAACCUACCUUGUAUCUUAGUAAUAAAGGUGAUUUUAUUGCCACUGGUGUGUGGUCCUCGACGCACCGACGACCAGCGCUAAGUAUCGCCUUCUAGUAAAUCUUGUUUAUUGUGCUGUUUGAAUGUUUGUAUGAAAUGACCGAGUGUGUGACGUUUUUAUAUGUGUAUGGCUAAUACAAAUGUAUGUUCUGGGUAGUUCUACGUUAUAGGGUGGACCUACAUUCCAUUGAUAAAUGAUGUUGUUUUUUUUUUGGUAUUGCAAUAUGAAGUUAUUCGUAUUGUAUGUUUAUGGAAAUGCUUAUUUGUCAUUCAGACUGAAAUGUUAGGCUUUAAUAAUAUAUUUUUUAAUUUCGUUACUGAAGACUGAUUAAACUUACAAUUUGUAAAGUAAUUUGACGUCAAACCAAGUUUAACCUUUUUCUUCAUCUUCUUUUCCAUUACAUUCUUGAAGGCAAUGCCUACUUUUCUCUAUUAAAGAUCAUCGCUGCAAUCUAACAAAGUCCUUGUACUAAUGUUUGAUAGGAAGUGACAAUUCUCAAUAUUUUGUUAACCCUGACUAGAACUACCAGAAUAUAUACUUGUAUUAUGUUUAUAGAUGUCUAUACUAAUUAGCCCCGCUCUCCCGCGUUUGCAAGUAUAUUGCGUUGUCUGUUUUGGACGUAUAUCAUACCCACUUUAAGUAUUAAAAUUGCAACUGUGGAAGAAGGAUGGCGCUCUGUACAAUGUAUAGUGCCGCCUCGCUUACACAGAUGCAUUAGUAAUACUUGUGUGGGUGUUGUAAUCCUUUCUGAUCAAUUUAUUGCUUCUCCUAGUUUAAGCACGUUCGCGGUGUAUUUUCACUUAUAUACGUACCUAUGUAUAUUGGCUUCUAGCCGCUCAAUGCAACAUGCUGAUGUUGAUGUUAAAGUCGUUGUUAUCUUUUGCCAUCAUCUUUUAACGCUAGAUGUUAGAAAAGGAGAGCUAUAAUUUGCGUACAAGGAAAUCUGUCUUUCUGUUUUUUAUUUAUUAUCUAUUUCUCUGUUUUUGAUUGGCUACUUUUAAGUAUGCCAAUUAUCUAUCAUUUUCGAAUAGGUAUUGGCUUAGAUCGGUUAUUUGAGCGA